AUGAGCGUCAUCGCGUCGGUGGAUCGUGCCUAUCAACGGUUGCGGGUCGAGGCCAACCCCGGCGUUCUCUACCUCCACCACCCCUCCGGCGUAACAGUCAUGGUGUUGGAUCCGCAAAAUCAGCCCGUCACCUCAAAAGUGGUCCAAGUCGACUUUGCCCUCGGGAAAUCCGGCGCUGAAAGAGGCGGGCAAGCCGUUUCCGGCAAGGGAAAACGGGGUGCGCUGCUGCUACAAAAGGAGACGAAGCUCUGCAUUCUGCGAUUCGAGGAUGGGACAGAGAAGGUGAUUCGCUCGGGGGUCAAAGGAAAUCUGCUAGAGGUCAACGAUCGUCUAAAAACCGAGCCGGAUCUCGUGCGGACAUCCCCAGAAAAUCACGGAUUCUUGGCAAUAAUUGGAUACGGGGGCGGAAAGCGAAAACUCGACGCGCCGGGCGAUGUCAAGCUGUUGCCCAAGCAGACGAAGCUCAUCGUGCGCGACUUUCCGGUGGGCAAAGAGGGCGGCCCGCUGACCGUCGCCGCGCUCGCCAACAAGUACCGCGCCGAGUUCGAGGAGACGUUCGAGACGCUGCGCGCCCGCGCCAUCAAGCUGCAGACCGACGCGCCGCAGCUGAUCCAGGAGACCCAGGCCAACGUCGAGCCCUACAAGCAGGAGUUCAUCACCACGGUGCAGGCCACUGGCGACGUCACCACCCCGCCCGGCCUCGUGCUCACCACGCUCUCCUGGUCGACGGUGCUCGUGCUCGCGUCAACGGUCGCCUCCUUCGUGUCGGGCUACGUCUUCGCCCCCGUGCUCGGCCUCGCCGUCGGUGGAGCCGGUGCGCUCGUGCUCGCCCUCGGCGCCCUUCCCGCCUACAGCUACUGGUCGUUGAACCAGGACAUCGCCGCCAGCGCCUCCGACGUCACCAUCCGCUUCCGGCUGUUGACGGCGGCCGCCGUGCAGGGGCUGCUCGUCGGCUUCAUCCUGCAAAACUCGUACCUCUCGGGGGCGCCGAUCGCGCCGCUGCUGCUCGGCAUCGCCGCCGCGGCUUACCCGUUCGCGGCCGAGAAGUUUGGCGGCAAUCGCCAGAUGCUGCUCGGGGCCUCGGUCGGGUCGGCGCUGGGGGCGACGCUGGUGCUCGGACUCCUCUCCGGCUACCUGACGCUCCCCUACCUGCUCUUGUCGGGCCUGUACGCCGGCGUGACGGCGGUCACCCUGCAGUACAUGUACAAGAACGUCACCGCGGAGACGGCCCCCACCUACAACUACCAGCUGGCCCUGCUGGUGUCGUUCGCCGCCGCCCGCCUCGUCGUCCACCUCAUCUUCGGCAUGGGACCGGACGCGUCUCUGGAGCUGGCACUGCCCUUCGUCCUGGCCGUCUACUCCAUGCCCGCCCUCCUCAUCGCCGUGGUGUGCCUCAUUGUCAAGUGGCGUCCAUGCUAUGAAUUCACGGGUCCUCUCCAUCUCUGCCGGUGGUACUGUAUGUGCUGCUCGAGAGAGACGCUCGACGAGCUGGUGGCUGCCGAUCGGAAUUUGAUCCUGUCUAUCGACGUUGAGAGCCUGGCCAGCGACACGGCGCCCCUUCGGGCCAAAUCUGCCAGGAAGAACCAAAGUCAACGACUCGAGCUCGUCCGGCGCGAUUUACUGCCGAAAAGGGAACCUGACACGUUCGACGAGGAGCACUCCGAGUCGACGAUGGAGGAGGAGGAGUCGAUGUUUUAC